UAAUCUCUCUCCGAAUUGGUUCUUCUCCACGUCUCUCUCUCUCUCUCUCUCUCAACGACGAAGCAAGCCAUCCAUGUCGUCUCCUCCCUCCGCCUCCGCCUCCUCCUCGCCGCCGCCGUGCCCGAAGAAGAUGAUCACCCUGAGAAGCUCCGACGGGGCGACCUUCGAGAUCGAGGAGACCGCCGCCUUGCAGUCCAAGACCCUCGAGAACAUGAUCCACGAGAACUGCGCCAGCACCCUGAUCCCGGUGCCGAACAUCACCGGCGAAGUCCUGGCCAGAGUCGUGGAGUUCUGCAGCAAGCACGCCGAGGCCGGCGUCGACGACGAGAGCCUCGGCGCUUGGGACGAGGAGUUCGUCGCCGUCGAUCACACUACUCUCUUUGACUACAUCCGGGCGGCAAAUUUCCUGGAAAUUCCAACUUUGCUGGACUUGGGCUGCCAGACUGUGGCAGACAUGAUCAAGGGUAAGACUCCGGAUGAGAUAAAAAAAACUUUCAAAAUCACGACCGCAUGCACACCGGAAGAGGAAGAAGAGGUGCGUGGGGAGAACCAGUGGGCAUUUGAAUGAAGCCCCAGAGAAUUCAGGGUCUUGUGUUAUCUUUACUAUUGUGAAGUUCUGUUUCUUUCGCUGCCUUACGACGUAUGAGACAUUGGCUUGUUAAAAGUUUGCUUCUGGCAAAGUGAACUCUCCGGUGAGUUUUUCUGACAUGGUAUGGUUGAAUGUUCAAGUGAAAAUUUCACGUAUUCAAUACUUAGGGAAGGUUUGAUCUUCCAGCAUAUUCUUGUACACGAGGACCCUGUAAAGUAGAAGUUUUGAGAUA